UUCCAUCCGCCACCACGCUGCAGCCUCUCUUCUCCUCUCCCAUCCGCGCACGGCCGUUAGCCCGCUUACAUAAUACAUACACCGUGAGGAGCCGAGGAGGCUCAGCCUUUCUGGCUUCUGCUCCGUUCUGUUCCCUUCCCCACACACCCUCCCUCUUGCUCCAGCUCGAAGCUUCCGCCAUGGGCGAGGGAGAGGACGAGACCUCGAGCUCCGCCGCGGCGGCGAGCGCGGCCGCGGGCGGCCCCAAGGACCCGAGGAAGAUCGCGCGCAAGUAUCAGCUGGAUCUUUGCAAGAGGGCGGUUGAGGAGAACAUCAUAGUGUACCUUGGCACAGGAUGUGGGAAGACACACAUUGCUGUGUUACUCAUGAAUGAGCUUGGACACCUCAUCCGCAAACCCAGCCACGAGGUGUGCGUCUUCCUCGCACCGACCAUUCCCCUUGUGCGCCAGCAAGCAACAGUGAUUGCGGAUUCCACCAAUUUUAAAGUUCAAUGUUACCAUGGAAGCGGUAAAAACUUAAGAGACCACCAGGCAUGGGAGAAAGAGAUGGCCGAGUAUGAGCAUUGUUUCAUCAAGAUGGAUUCAAUCGUACUUGUGGUAUUUGAUGAAUGUCAUCAUGCACAAGCACAAAAAAGGCAUCUAUAUGCACAAAUUAUGAAGGCGAAGAUUCCAGAAGUUGAGGCCCCACGGAGCUCCUGGCAACCUGACUUCGGGGAGGUCCUGUGACCAAAGCCUGAGGUUAGCUGACUUCGACCAACAAAGGCGGAAAGCAUACGGAAGCAUACUUAGUCCCGACGAAGCUAACAAGUAGGGAAGGAAGGGGUCAGGACAGCCCUGGGACCACUUUACUGUGGGUCAAUUUUGUAAUAAGGAUCUUGGAAAGGGUUAGAAAUGUAAUCCCACUUUGAAAGCGACAUCUUGAGUAGGGGUCAAGUUAUUGUCUUGUACGGAAUAUGCCCGAGAUGUAGUUGUUGGGUAUGGGUAUAACGGGUAUGCGGAAAUGUAACUU